AUGUUUAUAGAAUCAAUUGAUCACUCUACUCCAAGAACGAUUCAAGAAAAUGAAAGUACAAAUCAAUAAUCGACUUAGUUUCAGAGCCAGAAUAUGAUUAAAAAAUUAACUAUAAACUUGAAGUUAGAAAAUCACAUCUACUCUUAUAGUUCCUAAGAUUUUAAGUUGAAAAUACUCAAAAGAGUAUUGCAAAACUAUAAAAAAAGCUUUCAAAUGAUGAGGUAAUUGUAAAACUCAUAUGUUUUUAUUUAACUAUUUGCUCGUUAUUAUAUAUAUUUGUUUUAAUUUAAUUUUAUUAGGUAAAAAAUAAACGAAUCUCAAGAAAAAAUUCAAUUACAAAACCUUUUAAAUGUUCAAAUUGCACUCAUACAUAUUCUUCAAAAGCAGCUCUAAAAUAGCACUUAAAACUGAAACAUUUUGAUGAACAUACUCCAUUGACUCAACCUUUAGAUUAAUAAAAAGUAUUAGUUGAACCAUUAUCCUAAAUAUGA